AUGGGUGGAGUAGAAUAUCGAAAUAGUGGCCUUGCCCACACUCCGAAUGCCUCGGCGACCAGCACACGAUCAGCGCACAUUCACGAUGCCCCCGCCUACCCCGAUUCCGCGAGGAACACUGUGAGCAACAGGCCGAAAAGGUUCGCGAGCCUAGGUCUAAAUAUUGGGGCCGACAUCGCCGACCAGAUUCUUCCCAACGAGUGGUCGCCGAUAGUUUCGGCAAACGACCUGCCCAGCGAUCUCCGAGAAGAAUCCAGGGUACUCGAACAGCUAUCCGCGAUAUCAAAUAACUCGGAGGCCCCCUUUCGCCUCCCAGUCUGUUCAGAUAGGAAGCGACAGUUUAACGAUACGCUAGACACCAACUGCCGCCAAUCCCCUCCGAAGAGGAGCCGUCGCGAUAUGGUCGAUCUCUCCGUCGAAGUGGACGCUCUUACGCCUCCUCAACUUCCGUCGUCACCCUGGCCAUGGGACCAGAGCUCUGCCCGUAUAAUACACCAAUCCAGCAAUACAGAUACGCACUCGCAGUUGCCGACUAGAGACCCCACUAUCUCAUCACAAGAUGGGAAGCCCAACCUUGCUGAUGGCAUCACUGCCGUGCGUCUACCCAAAGGUGUUCUUCCUACCAACAGUCAGGCCCAGGGGUAUUUUGGCAGUUUCCGCUCCUUGGAGGACAGCCAGUUCGAUCUCGCCCCGAAUCGCGCGCUUCAAGAUAUCGGCAUCGUUGAGCUGCUUGACAAGGACAUCCGUCCCUGCUUUGUCGUAGACUUGACCUCAUCUACGCCAAAGGAGCCUAAGAUGUCAGUCGUGUAUGCGAAUGAAUCCCUUAGAUCAUACACCGUGAUCCGUAAUUUAGUCAAUGCCUUCGAUGCCAAGCUCACCACCGAUAGCGAAAUAUCGCGUUUCAAGGACUGGGUGCUGGGCCGAGGUAGCCUUCUGGGGUCACCUAACAACCAUCACCCUCAUGGCUACGCAGGGGUACUAUGGACCUUUGUGACGUUGCGCAAUCGCUUCCGAGUCGUCAGCGGUAGCAACGCACCCUUGCCUACGGCAUCUACACUUGGCCCACCUUCGCCUGACGCCAUGACCAACGGGCCGAGCGCAGUCUCAUCUACCGACGGCGAACUUAUGUCAGAUGGGGGCGACGGGUCAGAAGACGCUUUAUCGGGAUCCGGGCUGGAUAUGGCCGGCGCGUGUCACAUUCCCGAUGAUGCCAAGUCAACCCAGGGACUCCAUCUAGGGAACAUUUCUCAGCCCUCUCCAAAUAGAAUCUCUUUCGACUGGACGAGGGUUGCCCUGACAGAUGAUGUGUCGGAGCACAUCAGGUUUGCUCGUUCCGUGGACUGGGCCUCAACCCCUCUGGGGCCCAUCGACUCCUGGCCGCUCAACCUGAGGGUAAUGGCUAACUUGAUCAUGGCGAGCCCCCACCCCGCAGCAAUUUACUGGGGCCCUGAGAAUGCCAUCAUCUAUAACGAAGCGUACAUUGAAAUCGCAGGUCAGAAGCACCCCCGACUUAUGGGUCGAGCAUGCGUGCAUGCCUGGACGUCGACUUGGGAUCAACUAGACCCUGUUUUCCGCGAAGCGCGGGAGUCCGGGCAAGCCAUCAUGAAGUACGACGAUCACAUUUUUGUGGAUCGCCAAGGCUUUAUUGAGGAAGUCUACUUUACUUGGUCUAUGGUCCCUGUGCUUGAUGAUGAGGGAGAAGUCGUCGGCGUGUAUAACCCGGCAUUCGAAAACACCAGGCGACGGAUAGGGGAGCGCCGCAUGCUUACUUUAAGGAGAAUAAGCGAGAGGAUAGGCACGACGACUGAUGUAGAAGGCUUCUGGACACGGGUUCUCAAAGGCCUCGAAUCUAACGGCUACGAUAUUCCAUUCGCCCUCAUCUACUCUGCCAAGGAAGUCCCUAGUGGCGGAUUGUCGUCGUCAUCAUCAAUCUCGUCGUCGGCUGCCGAUAGUCUCGACCCCAAACUGCCACAACUCACCCUUGAAGGCUCCCUUGGUUUUCCUUCCGGACACCGCGCGGCGGCGAAACACAUCGAUCUAAGCGCUAGCGACGAAGGGUUUGCCCCGUACCUACGGAAGGCACUUGAGGCCGAAGAGUGCCCGAUAAUGCUUUCUUCCACGGAGGGAACCCUACCCUCAACUCUACUCGACGGGAUCGAACCUCGCGGAUUCGAAGACCCCUGCCAGAGGGCCAUAAUACUUCGCCUCCGCGCCAGCCCCGCCGAGUCUGACGCCGUAGCCGCCCUCGUUGUCCUAGGACUCAACCCGCGGCGGCCAUACGAUGAUGAUUUUCGCUUGUUUAUCAAUCUGCUCGGCCGCCAGUUGGAGACGUCUAUUGCCUCUCUCACUCUUCUCGAGGAAGAGGUGCGGCGCGGCAAGACUGCAGCCUUAAUUGCUGACCAGGUUAAGCAGAAGCUAUCGAAACAGCUCAUCCAACGUACACAAGAGGCUGUUGAAAGCGAAUAUAGGUUUACCCGCAUGGCCGAGUUCGCCCCCGUCGGCAUGUUCAUCGCCGACCCUACGGGGUUCAUCAACUACUGUAAUGACAUGUGGUGGGAAAUAUCGCGCCACCCGCGUACCGGUAACGGCGUCAACGCCUGGAUGGGAAGUGUGAUGGAAGAGGACAGACCAACGGUUAGGAGAGUGUGGGCUAAGUUGACCGAGGAGAAGAUCGCCGUCACGCACGAGUUCCGCUUCAGCCACACACGGCAGAACGCCGGCCAGGUGAUGGAGACGUGGGUGCUCAUGAGUGCCUACCCGGAGAAAGACGAGAAUGGCCAUGUCAAGUCCAUUUUCGGCUGUCUCACCGACAUUUCGACGCAAAAAUGGGCCGAAUACUCCCAGAAACAGCGCCGGGAGGAGGCAGUAGAGCUGAAGCGCCAGCAAGAGAACUUCAUCGACAUUACCAGUCACGAGAUGAGGAAUCCCUUGAGCGCGAUACUUCAAUGCGCAGACGAGGUGUUCAACAACAUUGGUAAUUUCCGAGCGGGCAAGGGCGAAUACGUCGACCUUAAGGCGCUGCUGGACUGUUGCGCGGAUGCGGCGAAUACAAUCAGCUUCUGCGCGAGCCACCAAAAGCGCAUCGUCGACGACAUCCUGACUCUGUCCAAACUCGACUCCCAGCUUCUCAUGGUCACUCCGGUAUCGGUCCAACCGGUAGCAGUGGUGGAGAAGGUGCUGAAGAUGUUCGAGACCGAACUUGCCAGCCGUGACAUUCUCCUCGAGUUCCGCGUCGAGCAGCCGUACCGUGACCAGGGCAUCGACUGGGUACGGAUCGAUCCCUCCCGGCUGCGGCAAGUUGUCAUCAAUCUAAUGACCAACGCCAUCAAAUUCACUCAGAGCCGCGAGCAGAGGGUCAUUGUAGUGAGCCUCAGUGCGUCAAAACAAGUGGGCGAGGAUGGAUCGGACGUCACGUACUUCCCUAGCCAGCGAGAGAACGCUGCCAUCACCAAGGACGAGGAGUGGGGCCACGGCGAAGAGGUUAAUCUCCACUUCUCGGUGCAGGAUACUGGCCCAGGCCUGACUGAGGACGAGAUCAAGGUCCUCUUCCAGCGCUUCUCCCAGGCCUCUCCCCGCACGCACGUGCAAUAUGGCGGGUCAGGGCUCGGCCUUUUCAUCUCGCGCAUGCUGACGGAGCUUCAGGGUGGGCAGAUUGGCGUCAUGUCUAAGAAGGGCAUGGGCAGCACCUUUACCUUUUACAUAAAGAGUCGGAAGUCGGAGGAUCCUGGUGAUGAUGGUGACGAAGAAGGCGGCAAUAUGCAGAUCGCGGUCCCGACUUCCCAGCCCCUUCAGGUCCGGAAUGGUCCGGGGUUAGCUGAGGAUUCGCUUCGCAUCAUGGAGGUCCUCAUCGUCGAAGACAACGUGGUCAACCAAAAGGUCCUGCAGAGGCAGCUGCGCAGCUUCCACUGCAAUACCUUUGUGGCCAACCACGGCGGAGAGGCCCUUGAGAGAAUAAAGAAUUCUCGUUUCUGGAAGGGCAAGGAGCGUGACGGCGGUAACAUCUCCGUCAUCCUCAUGGAUCUCGAGAUGCCCGUCAUGGACGGUAUGACGUGCACGCGACGCAUCAGGGAACUACAAAGAGACGGUACCAUCACGGCCCACAUCCCCAUCAUCGCCGUGACGGCGUACGCGAGACCCCAGCAGAUUGAAAGCGCAAAGUCGGCAGGCGUUGACGACGUCAUUUCCAAACCAUUCCGCCUUCCCGAGUUGAUACCCAAGAUUCAGGAGCUCGCCGAGCGGUACGGCACGUUGCCGCCGCCCGUCAACCUAGCCGACGGCAGCGAGUAA